AUGAAUGCCACGCUUGGUAACUGUUUGGAUGAAUUUGCAAUGGUAUACUUGGAUGACAUUUUGGUCUUUAGCAAGACUCGAGAAGAUCAUGAACGACAUUUGCGUCAUGUGUUGGAUCGCUUACAACAAGCUCAAUUUGUGGUGAACCUAAAGAAGUGUCACUUGUUUCAACGCCAUGUCAACUUCUUGGGCUUCACGGUAUCGGAAAAAGGCACCACACCUGAUGAAUCCAAAGUCAAAGCAAUUACCUCGUGGCCGACACCAACCAAUGUACAAGAAGUACGGCAAUUUGUGGGCACUGUACAACACUUUCGAAAAUACAUCCCAAAUUUUGCUAGCAUCGCUACGCCAUUAACGGAUCUCACCAAAGGCACAGGUGCUAAACGUAGACCAAUCGUAUGGACACCAUCAUGCCAAACAAGUUUUGACAAGCUCAAGCACAUGCUUACGGUAGCUCCAGUGUUACAGGCGCCAUGCAUGGAUCGACCUUUUAGGAUUGAGACGGAUGCAUCAGAUUUUGGUUUAGGUGCUGUUUUAUCACAACCAAAUGAACAUGGUGAUUGGCAUCCUAUUGCUUAUGAAUCUCGCAAAUUUUCAUCAGAAGAACGCUCCUAUCCCGUUCAAGAACGAGAACUCUUGGCUAUACUUCACGCUCUUCGCACUUGGCGUUAUUUGGUUGAAGGUUGUUCUUGCGUUGUCCUUACCGAUCAUGAGCCGCUUACAUAUUUAAGAUCCAAACCCAAUCCCAACUCAAGGAUCAUUCGGUGGAUCUCGGAUUUUGAAUUGUAUCAACCUGAUAUCCAAUAUCAACGGGGUGAUCGGAAUACGGUUCCAGAUGCUUUAUCACGCCUUGGAGGUCCACAAAGCCCACCAGCCAACAACAGCUUCGAACCUGAGUUUUUAUAUGCUACACCUUUGGCUCAUGAAUCCGAUUGGCCCAAGUACUACUUGCAACCUCGUGAAGAAUGGCCUGCUGAUUUGAUACAACAAUUGACGAACAAUGCUUCAAAGUUUACAACACGUGAUGGAUGUGUGUUUCGCUUGCUCACUUCCACUGAUAAGUCUCCAUCACAUGAGGUUCGUUUUGUUUUAUUCGCUCGUCGUGCUGAUUUAGUCACGAAGUAUCAUGAAAGCUAUGGACACUCGGGUACUACGACUAUCUAUGAUAUCAUGCACAAACGUUGGUGGUGGCCUGGCAUGCAACAAGACAUUAGUGCUUGGUUACGACAAUGUCCUCGUUGUCAAUUGGCAUCCAACUCUGAGAAACAAAUUCACCACGCACCGAUGCGGCCACUCACUAUACCGGAGGCAUUCAGCAGAUGGCAUUUGGAUUUUGUGGGUGAAUUGCCACGCACCUUUCGUGGUAAUCGUUGGAUCCUUGUGGCCGUAGAUUAUACUACCAAUUGGCCUAUCGCUGUUGCCUUACCAGAUGCUACUGCAGAGGCUAUUGCCGACAUCUUAUACAAGGAGAUUGUUAUACGUUUUGGAGCUCCUACAGAAAUCUUAACGGAUCGAGGCGCAAACUUCAUGUCACGUGUAUUAGCACAUUAUGUCGCUCGUGUGGGGAGUCAUCACAGCUUCACUUCAGCCUUCCAUCCUCGAACAAAUGGCAAAUGUGAACGACUUAAUGGGGUCCUCAAGCAGAUGUUGCUCCUUUCUACCUUACCUACAUAUGGUCGCGAACCCAAGCUUCCUGGUGAUAUCCUGCAUCCUAGUUUGUUACGUGAAUUGCCGUUAGACCCGCAAGCACAAGUGGAUAGUGUUCUUCCUUCCUUACGUGCUCUUAAACAAGCCCGUUCACUUGCACGUGACCGAAUGCAAGACGUCAGCCAAGCGGAUAAAUCACGAUGGGAUGCUCAAUUAAAACCACAAGUGUAUCAUGUUGACGAUUUUGUUUUAUUACGGCAUGAAAGCAAAUUCAGCUUAGAAUACAACUGGAUGGGACCUUAUCGCGUUAUUGCAACACACAAGGAUACCGACACUUACAAAAUUGUGGAUAUGAACGACAAGCCGUACGCAUCAUGGGUUCAUGCUGAUCGAUUACGCAAAAUUGACACGCCUAGCAAUCCCACUUCGACCUGGUAUCAUCCUACAGCCGCUCGCGCUAAUGCUGCUCGUCACUUACAACACCAGCUUGAUAAUCUUUCUCCUUCUCAUCAUGAUGUGGGGCCAUCAUCAGUCUCGCCGGGGGGAUAA